UAGUUUCAACGUUUGAGUUAUAAGUUAGCAAUAAAUUAUUAUUUUUGUGCAGCUUCCUAAAAACAAUGAAGUACUGUUUAACAAAAUAAGAAGCCUUUAAAGUUAAAAACCACUGAGCUGGUAGAAUUUAUUUGUUAUUUUAGCGUAUUUUUUUUUCAAUUAUGUACUAAUGUAGCCUCAUAUUGCAGUGUUCAGCUUUCAGUUAUUAUCUAUUAUAAACAACUGUGUUCAAGGCUGAAUUUAAGUAACAAUUGUUACCAUUUCGUCAGAAACAUUAUGAAUGGUGGAAGUAAUAACAAUAUUUACAUUAUAAGAUUAUCAUAAUAAGAAGCAAUGUCUGUUUUAAGCAAUGUUAUUGAUGAUCAUCACAUGGAAAUAAUAAAAAACGAAUUUGUAAGACUAGAAGGUAAAUGUUACUUAGAAAAUGCUGGAACAGCGUUAUACCCACAAAAGCUAUUAAACAAAAUAAAUGAUGAUCUACUUAAAAAUGUGUAUAUGAAUCCUCACUCUGACAAAUAUACAAGAGACUGUAUAGAACAAAUAAGAUGUAUGGUUUUGAACCAUUUCAAUACAGACAAUUUAACCUACACAGUGAUAUUUACAUCUGGUACAACACAAUCGCUAAAACUUGUCCUAGAAACAUUUCAAUUUCAUAAUAACAAUGAUGAUGCAUUAAAAGGUUCCUUUAUUUAUCUUAGAGAUAACCAUACUUCUGUUAUUGGUCUAAGAGAAUUAGCUGAAAAUAAAAAUGUUGAUGUUGUUCAUAUAUCACAUAAUGAAUUUUUGUCAUCUUUAAAAAUAUUACAGACAUCAAAUAAUUUACAAGAAAGAAACAAGAAUAAAAGCAACACUUUGCUAGUAUAUCCUGCACAAAGUAAUUUUAAUGGGUUUAAGUAUCCUUUAAAUCAUUUAGACAAUAUAAAAAAUGGAUGUCUGCAAGGUUAUCUGAAAAAACAACUAUGUGAUGUUAAUUGUAAUUGGUACAUUUUGUUGGAUGCUGCAUCUUUGAUUGCAACAAAUAAACUAGAUUUGUCAGUCACACAACCAGAUUUUGUGUGUUUGUCUUUUUAUAAAAUAUUCGGCUUUCCUACUGGGUUAGGUGCAUUAUUAGUGAAGAAUAAUAGUGCAGAUGUGCUCAGUCAAAAAAAGUAUUUUGGAGGAGGAACAGUGGACAUUGUAUUAAGCAGUGAGGAUUACCAUGUGAAGAGAAACAUUCUUUAUGAAAGACUUGAAGAUGGAACUCAGCCAUUUUUGUCCAUAAUUGCCUUGAAACAUUGCUUUGAAAUAAUUUCCCUUCUGAUACCUAAAGUUGUCAAUAACAAUGUCAUGGACACAAUAUCUUACCAUACAUAUUAUUUAGCGAAAGACUUAUAUGAACAAUUAAAGAAUCUGAAACAUGAAAAUGGUAAUAAGGCAGCUAUUUUAUAUAUGGAUUCAGAUUUUAUGGAUAUAAAGACACAAGGAGGAAUAGUUACAUUUAAUUUAUUAAGGAAAAAUGGAUCUUACAUUGGAUAUGUUGAGUUUCAACAUAUGGCAGACUUAUUUAAUAUUAGCGUUAGAACAGGAUGUUUUUGCAAUUCAGGAUCUUGUCAAAGACAUUUGAAAAUAUCUAAUAAAGAAAUGAAAGCCAUGCAUAAUGCUGGACAUAAAUGUGGAGAUGAAAUAGAUUUAAUAGAUGGAAAACCAACAGGAGCAAUAAGAGUCUCAUUUGGUUACUAUAAUACAUUUGAUGAUGUAGAUAAGUUAAUUUUAAUGAUAAGCAAAUGUUUUCUUAGAAAACAAAUUCAAAAACCAUAUCGCAAAAUGAUCAAUUUUAACAAAAAUAUAACACAAAGAACUAAUGGAGUAUUACCAAAUGAACAGUUAUCCUUGGUUUUAAACAAUAUAAAUUUCUGCAAUGGCAAUGAUGUACCAGACUUACCAGAGUAUUAUAACAAUAAAUACAAAAUGACAUUAACUGAAAUUGCUAUAUUCCCAAUCAAAUCAUGUGGUGCUUUUAAAAUAAAAUCGGGCUGGAAAAUUGGUAUAAAAGGGUUGGAAUUUGAUAGAGAAUGGAUGAUUGUUAAGGAAAAUGGUAUUUGUCUAACACAAAAACAAUGUCCAUUGAUGUGUAAAAUACAGCCAUUUAUAGACCUUGGGAAGAGAUGCCUUACAUUGUAUUUUGAUGGUCAACAACCUAUCUCAAUUCCUUUAGAUCCCUCAAUAGCUAAUAAAUAUAGAGAGACACAAGUUUGUCAAAGUAAAGUUUGUACUGACCUCAUAAAAGGGUAUGAUUGUGGUGAUGAAGUUGCAGAUUGGAUAUCAAAUGCUUUAGGCAUUUCAUUCUUAAGAUUAAUAAGGCAAUCAUGUGUCAGAUUCCUGAAAAAGAAAGCUAGUGAAGAACAAACAUUACUGUCCUUAAGCAAUCAAGCUCAAUAUCUUUUGAUUAAUACAGCAACAGUUAGAUGGUUGAAAGAUAAAAUAACAGAUGACUCAUUUUCAGAUGAUAUCAAUUCAUUGGUUGAUCGAUUUAGAGGAAACCUAAUUAUUGAUUCCAAGAAAGAACUUAUAGAAAGAGACUGGCAAAAAGUAAUUAUUGGAAAACAUGAGUUUAAGGUAGAAGGCCAAUGUUCUCGUUGUCAAAUGGUGUGCAUUGAUCAAAGAACUGGCGAAAAAACUGUUGAACCACUAAGAACAAUAUCUCAAGAGUUUGGGGGAAAGCUACGUUUUGGUAUAUACUUAAGUUACAUUGGACCUAUUUAUAAAUGUAAUGAUCGAAUGUUAAAAACAUAUUCUGAAGUUAUUCCUUAAAUUUGGGAGAUAAAGUUCUAUUGUACUUUGAUGUUUAUAAUUUUACUUGUAACUUCAGACUAAGCUGGUAUUAUUUAUUUUAGUAAAUAUAAAAUCCUUUUUUUGCAAAUAUUUAUUUCGAAAAACAAUGUAUUUAAAAAUUGCCACACAUUU